AUUAUUCAAUUUCUACUGAACGUUUGCCACGUGAUUCUAGUGGUUCAGGACAGUCUCCAUGAUACCAAAGUCAUCAAUCUCAUUGAUCGUGCAGCCGGACUCAAACCAACUAUGUUUACUUCACGUGCCGGUGGCCUAGAGACCCCACCUCGCCUCAACUCUCCCUCUACUCCUUUACAACCACCACAGCCUUCUUUAUCUGUCACGGGUCAGCUCAACAAUUCCAAGAACCAUCAUCAUAUCUCGAUGACUCCCACAACUGCGAUUCAGGACCCCAGUAAAUUAGGAGAGACACUUGCCGCUGCUUCUUUUGGUGAACUUAACAGUGGAGUCAGUCUGCGUCGUCGCCCUUCCUGUGCAGAUCAACCUGUAGAGACAUGUAUUGGCUGUGCCUCGACUUCAGCUGAUUUGUCUAGGCGGUCACGACACAUGCACCAGCAACAACACCAUCAGCAAGAAGUUUCACAGCAAGCUGAAUCAACUGGAAUUGCACUAACAGAGUAA